AUGGCUGACGACCCCGAUUACAACGCUGAGGAGGCCGCUGAGCUCAAGAAGAAGAGACAGUUCCGCAAGUUCUCUUACCGAGGCAUCGACCUUGAUGCUCUCCUGGACCUUGACUCCGAGCAGCUGCGUGAUGUCGUCCACGCCCGUGCCCGCCGCAGAAUCAACCGGGGCUUGAAGCGCAAGCCCAUGGGUCUCAUCAAGAAGCUCCGCAAGGCCAAGCAGGAGGCCAAGCCCAACGAGAAGCCCGACCUUGUCAAGACGCACCUGCGUGACAUGAUUGUCGUCCCCGAGAUGAUUGGCAGCGUCAUUGGUAUCUACUCCGGAAAGGAGUUCAACCAGGUUGAGAUCCGACCUGAGAUGGUUGGCCACUACCUGGCUGAGUUCUCCAUCUCUUACAAGCCUGUCAAGCACGGUAGACCCGGUAUUGGUGCCACCCACUCGUCUCGUUUCAUCCCUCUCAAAUAA